CUUUCAGGAUGAUUCUCUAACCAAACCGUCGGCAAUGAAGAUCAAACGGCACCCAGGCAAAGCUGUGAUCAACGAUCCAGUUUGGCUGGAAAUGGACAUUCCGAAUCACGCGCGCGGGCAGCUGUACGAGGCCAAUUGGCUGGACACUCAGCAGAACUUGUCCAACAUCAGCUCGUCCUCGAACUCAUGGGACAAGUACAGCACGAAAAGCGAUGGGACAGUGUCGUCCAGACUGGGGCAGUACCAGACGCUGCUGGAGGAAAUCCAAAAAGACAGUCAAGAGGACCUUUACGCAGCGCCCAGGAAGAUCAAAAGCACGGACAGCAUCCGCUUGAAGUACCACAGCGACAAGAUUCUGUCGAAAAUCAACGCAAAGGCAGGAGAAGAGGCUGAAGACACCAACCAGUACUUCCUGCCCUCCCGGGGGCUGCAACGUGAGCAAAGCGUGAAGGAAGAGCGCAGCUUCCCAGUGCCCAAACCAAGAGCUAAGCUGUACCUUCCUAAUGACGACCAGGACAAGUUCAAGAUGGUACUGGAAGACUUGCAAAGGCAGAUGAAGAAAAGCGUGCGCUUUGAUGAAGUGAGUACCGACAUUGAUGAGGAAAUCGAGAGACGCGAGCUGCCGGACGAGGCUCACGUGAGAGUGAUCGUGAAUCCGACCCAUGAACUGCUGGAGAAAAUCAGCCAUAGCAAAGAGGCAGAAACAGCGGCGGAUGGCCGCAUCAGCGAAUGGGUGGACAUGCAGAAUCAGUACCUAACAGAGGAAGAUAUUGCGGAGAAGGUCGGCAAAGAUCUGGUCAGAAACGACAGCGGCUACUACGAGCACAGCAAGAAGAUCAGGCAGCGCUUCCCUCCGAAGCACAUCUAUCCUUCCUCGUCGUCCAGCAGCGAAGGCAAAAGCGACAGCAACGAGGAACCGGAACAGGAGGACUACCAGAAAGUGUACAGCCUGUACAAAGAGGGAGUUUACGUGCGCAACUCACUGAAAGAAGCGCCGAAACGGAACGUUUCUCCAACUCCGGCGUUCCGCCGGAAGGAUUUUGCUAUUCCCAGACCCAAACUUUUAGUUCCUGUGCAUACUUAUGCGGUCAGACGACGACGGACUGGAAAUCUGAACCGAAAAAGUAGUGAUUAUGGGACGGUUAGUGGCAGUGCACGGAAAGGAGCUGGUUCCAGUGAAGAGGGAUGCGUCGAAGUAUCCAGAGAGGACAAGUUUCUCAGCACGUUGACGCCAGGGAAGGUGCUAGGAGAACUGGCCAUCCUGUACAACUGCCAGCGCACAGCUACCAUCAAAGCAGCUACCGACUGCAAACUAUGGGCAAUAGAGCGACAAUGUUUCCAGACGAUAAUGAUGCGAACUGGGCUUAUCCGACAAGCCGAAUACACCGAUUUCCUAAAGAGUGUUCCUAUUUUCAAAGACCUGCCCGAAGAAACGCUAAUCAAAAUUUCGGAUGUGCUGGAAGAAUGCUACUAUGCCAAUGGAGACUACAUCAUCAGGCAGGGAAAUCGGGGCGACACCUUCUUCAUCAUCAGCAAAGGGAAGGUGAACGUCACCAUGAAGAAGAAGGACUCUGCCGAGGAGAAAUACAUCCGAACUUUGAACAAGGGGGACUUUUUUGGAGAGAAGGCAUUGCACGGUGAUGACCUCCGAACAGCCAAUAUAAUAGUUGACGAUCCAGAAGGAGUAACCUGUCUAGUAAUCGACAGAGACACGUACCUUCAGCUCAUCUCGAACUUGGAUGAAGUGAGAACGAAAUAUGUGGACGACAUUGACGAUCGUCGACGUCUCAACGAAGAAUACUCACCAGUUCGACUGGAAGACCUGAGCAUUUUGACCACGUUGGGGGUGGGCGGCUUUGGCAGAGUGGAACUAGUCCAAAUUACGGGCCAAUCGAACAAGUCGUACGCUUUGAAGCAAAUGAAAAAGUCGCAGAUUGUGGAGACGCGCCAGCAACAGCACAUCAUGUCCGAAAAGGAGAUUAUGGGAGAAGCAAAUUGUGAUUUUAUCGUAAAAUUGUACAAAACGUUUAAGGACGCAAAGUAUCUCUACAUGCUGAUGGAAAGCUGUCUGGGCGGCGAACUUUGGACAGUGUUGAGAGACAAGGGCUACUUUGAUGACACCACAACUCGAUUUUACACCGCAUGUGUGGUCCAGGCCUUCGACUACCUUCACUCCAGAAACAUUAUCUAUCGAGACUUAAAGCCCGAGAAUUUGCUGCUGGAUUCUAAAGGCUACGUUAAACUGGUGGACUUUGGAUUCGCUAAGAAACUGCAAGCCGGUAGGAAAACAUGGACGUUUUGCGGCACGCCAGAGUAUGUCGCACCGGAAGUAAUMCUCAACAAGGGUCACGAUAUUAGUGCGGAUUAUUGGUCUCUUGGAGUACUKAUGUUUGAGCUACUUACGGGAACACCGCCGUUCAACGGUAGCGACCCGAUGAAGACCUACAAUGUGAUUUUAAAGGGAAUCGAUGCCAUCGAUUUUCCCAAGAACAUAACGAGAAAUGCAACCGCUUUGAUUAAGAAACUGUGCAGGGACAAUCCAGCAGAGCGUUUAGGGUAUCAAAAAGGCGGCAUUAGCGACAUCCAAAAACACAAAUGGUUCGACGGUUUCAACUGGGAAGGCCUAGUGAACAGAACGUUGCCGCCCCCGAUUAUGCCGAAAAUCAGAAGCGUAACAGAUUCCUCCAAUUUCGACCCUUAUCCCCCCGACGAAGGCGGAUUACCGCCCGAUGACAUGUCCGGAUGGGACAGCAAUUUUUAAUCGUUAUUGUGAUCCAAAAGUACUGAAAAUCCCACCGGGCACAGUGCCUUAAAAACCGAUCUAUCGCGCAAUUUCAGUCAGUUGAUUUCCGUAUAAAACGCAUGAGCUGUUUUAAGUUCACUCUGAAAUUCGUCUUGAUUAGCUGAUCAAACAGUUUUGUAUGCUUAUUAAGUGGAUAUUUUUCUUUUGUUACAAUCAGCCAGCAAAAUCGACUUAAUCAACAGUCGCAACUCAGUUUUACAUACAGUUUUCGAACGCUGCACCAGACUGGAAGUUUAGUAGAUGAUUGGUCGACUUCGUGCCUUAAAAAAAAUGUUCGUUUCAUUGAUGGUAUUAUUUGAUAUUGUUUUCCAGUUUUACCAGGGACUUUUUAUCACGGAAGUUUCCACAUGACAUUUGUACUCAAGAACUGAUAUUUUGAACUGUGUUUGUGCUCGUUUUCUCUUUGUAUAAUAUUUCAAUUAACGAUGAUAAUUUUAAGCAGUGCCAUUAGAUUUUAUUUUCCCUUUUUUAUGUAUUAUACCAUUAUUGACCAAGCGCAGUGACGUGCUUUAGAAAAAAUCACAGCUAUUAUAUGCCACUAGGCCCCUUUUUAACAAUUAAAUAAGUGUAUAAUGUAAAUAAAGAUAAUAAGUUACCCGGC